AUGCUCUCAUCUCUUGCUCGCAGCCUCCUUUUAAUCGCUGCCGCGGUGAUUCCGGCGGCGCUGGCGAAGCCAGAGCAGAUCCGCGCCGUGCAGUCGCCUAUCUUUCAUUACUAUCUACAAGCGUACCCAGAGGACCCCGAGAUACCGGUGAUGGGGCCUGAAGCCAGCAGCGAAUACUUCAACAUCGGAGGUUGGAUCCAGAGCAUGAACACGUCGUUAUUCUUGAACAUCGGAAACGACCAGACCUCGUACAAAACGUUAACCUUCGCGGAGGCGACCGUUACUGACGCCUGGGGGCUAGAGGGAGACACGAUCAUCACGAGCCAGGGCAGCAACUACGGCCGCCAGCUCAACUUCCUGGUUUGCAAGCUGACCGGCGACUACUGGCAAGUAUACCUGCAGAUGGGAAGCGAGACGCCCGCGGGAAGGACUUGUAGCAAUUAUCAGAGCUUACACCUGCCUUGCUUAUGCUAA